UUUUUUAUUCUUCUCAACUUUUCAUUUACUCGUUACGUUUUUCUGUAUCAUGUUGAUUAACGUUGAAUUAACUGUUAACUGUAGUUAACAAUUUAAAUUGUUCAAUCCGUUAGUUGAAUGUCUUUCCAGUUAAUUGUGAAUGUAUAUUUUUGUUUCCAAAUGAUCAACAAGUCUCUCAAAUAAUAACAAUCAACAUGAUUGUUGAAAAGUUUUUCAAGUUUAUUAUUUAGUAAAUUAAUCCAGUUGAUUAUUAAUCAUUUUCCCUUCCUUCAUUUUUGUUAAUUUUGUUUUGUUGUUUCAUUGUGACAAUUAACUAUUGACAAUCAGUUGCCUUUGUACAGUUUUAUCAUCAGUAUGAAUCAAUUAAUCGGGAUUAAAAUUGAAUCAAUUUGUGUGGAUUAAGUUAAUUAGUGUCUUUUUUUAUUUGGUCAAUUGGCAAAUGUUUUAAUUGUUUCAUCUUAAUUGUUGCUAAUUAUGGAUAAUAAUCAAAUGGAUGAUAUUGUAAUUUCGGGUUAUCUUUAUAUCCCAAGUCAAAGUUUCCUCAAAUUAAAACAGUCUUGGAGUAAAAAAUACUUUGUCCUUUACAAACGGAGUUCGAGUGGUAUUCAACGAUUAGAACUGUUCGAGAAUCAAGAAUCGCAUUUAAAGAAGCCGAAUACACUAAUUAAGAUAAUUGCUCUCAACGAUUGUCACAAGGUUUCAAUUACAACCCACAAACAUCAAUCUAAUGUCUUUGAGAUUAGGACUCGCGAGGCUGUUCAUUUAUUAUCAACGGAAACUUAUCAACAAAUGCAAUCAUGGUUGGACUCGUUACGAUCGGUGGCCUUUGCACCAGAAAAUAACGUGUCCACUUCAACCGCUAGCGAACCCUUGACCUCAACAGUGACGACCGACUCAAUAACAAAGUCACUUACUAGUAAAUCAAUUCCUGGAGCAAUCAAAUUAACUGUAAAUGGUCCAAGUAAAGAGAGGACAUUAACCAAUGGUCAACAAGCACUUAACGAUUUCAUCUCAUCAUCUAUCGUUAUUUCAUCAACUGACCAUCAAGUUGGACAUCAACCUCAACAAGAGGAAAACAUGUUGUAUUCAUCAGUUGAUUCACCUGAUCUAUUUAGUGUUAAAUUAAUUGAAUCUGAAUCAACUAAUCGAUGUAAAUUGCUACCAAUUGACUAUUACCUUUUAUUGACCUCAGUGUCCAUCUCAUUGGCUGAACAGUUAUCCGAUACUCGUCAGGGUAAAAUAUUAUGGACUUGGCCUUAUCGUCACAUCCGUCGUUAUGGUUGUACCAAGGAGGGUUUCACCCUUGAGGCGGGUAGAAAAUGUUUAACCGGAGAGGGUUUAUUUUCAUUUGUUACCACCGAUGGUUCAACAAUAUUCAAAUGUGUCGCAAGUCAUGUGACAAGUUUAAAGACAACAUCUCCCAAUGGUGUAUUUCCAGUUCCUCGGACAUCACCCAACAUUAUUCAGUCAAAAUCUUGCUCAAAUUCAACACCAACAGUUUCAUCUUCAUCUCCUGAUAAUAUGACCAUUGACAGUGGACCAAAAGUUAUCACCACUGUCCCAAUGUCACCUUCAUCUAAUAAUUCAACGAUCACAACAACGUCAUCGACUGGACAUACAAAUGGAUCCAUAAUUUGUACUGCAAGACCAGUAAUCAUUAACAAUGAAGGAUUAACUGGUCCAAAUAAAUUGCAACAAUCAACAAAUCAUCCCAAGUAUCAGUUUAAUCAACGUUCAUCAUCACCUAAACCUCCCUCAUUACCUAAAGUACCUCGUCCUAAUCAACGAGAAUCACCAAUUUCCUCUAAUAAUAGUAAACAAUUAGACAAACUGACCAACAUGGUAACAGUGACCACAACAUCAUCACCAUCAACAAUUAGACAAACAGAAUCUGGUUUAAUAACAAUUUCCAAUAAUAAUAUAAACAUCAAUGGUUAUCCAUCAGCAGUUAAACCACCUCGCCGAGGUCGAGAAUCAAAUGAUCAACAAUUAACACAAAACAAUCAUGAAGAUAAUUCAAUUGAAACAAUCGCAAUUCCAGUAACAAUUGUUGAUCCACUUUACGAAGAUCCAAUAUUUGUCUCUCGUGAAGAACUGUUUGGACUAAAGGUCGAAGAUGAUAAUCAUUAUGAAAUACCAGUGAUUGUUAAUAACAAUCAACCCUCUAAUCAGAACAAUCAAGGUGCCAUUAAUGGAGAUUCAAAUAAUCAAGUAACAAUAAACUCGAUCAAUAAAACCAAUGGAUUAGGGGAAAACAAUCGUAAACAUAACAUGAAACCACAACAACAACAACAACAAUUAACAACAUCGACAUUGACCCUCGCCGAUGGAGGGAAAACCUCACCAUCGGAAAUGACCUCAAUCACCUUGACCAAUGAUAAAUUACCUCGAAUUCAUCCUCAUUCAAUGUCGCGAUUAACCUCAGUAAUUAGAUCGAUGUUCACUGGUAAUUUAGGUAAUAUUGUUAAUCCACGUUCCAAACAAUCAGUUAAACUGGAGAAAUACAAUUCGCAAUCAUCAUCGAGUGAGGGAAGUUAUUGUUCACUCUCAAGUGGCAGUGGCGGUGGUGGUGGACACUCACUGGGUGGGGUGGGCUCAAUUUCCUUGGAAAAGAUGAAACAAGAUUUAUCAUCAUGUUCUUCCGCUUCAUCUGAUUCCAAUGAAUCACCUUAUUCAGAAAUUUGUGAUAUUUCAAUUGAAACUCCUUCUAAUCAUCAUCAUCAAUCAUCAUCUGAUGAUAAUGUUAUCAUGAUGAUGAUGGUUGAACCAAGUAAAUCAUUUCAAUCAGAUGAAGGUAAUUACGUUAAUCUAAUACCACAAGUUAACCAUCAUAAUCAAGAGCCAACAACUAAAUCAACCUCAUCAACCACAACAAUUGUUACAAAUGUUAAUCCUGAUCAUUAUAUUCAAAACGAUGCUGAAUAUGCAUUGAUUAUGAAACGAUCUGUAAGCUGUGGUAAAUUGUGAUUAACUUUUCCUCCCUUAAUUGUUAACUAUUAAUACAAUGUAAUUUCCCUCUAAACUCAACCAUUUACUGUUAAUUUACUCAUUUAGUGUUUAAAAAACAACAACCCUAGUCUUUUUUAAACAACAAUUAAUCAAAUUAAAAGAUUUAAUUUUUUUCAUCUUCUAAUCUCAAU